AAGAAGGCGAGGAGCUCGCGCACUCAUUGGGAAAUCCGGUCCGGAGGGAAGAUUCUAAACGGGGAGACGGCAGGAGAGUCCAUCUGGGCAGGUGGAGUGGGGGGAGAAGACUCUACCACGAAGUGAGAAGUGGACAAUGGCUCAGCGGCAUAGACGAUCUUGGUGUAAAUACAAAUUGUAGCUGCUUUUCAGAAAUUUAACGGGGAAGCAAGGAAGAUGACAUCAAACCCUUCUGGACAAGGCUUUCAGAAUAAAAACAGGGUUGCAAUCUUGGCUGAGCUAGACAAGGAGAAGAGAAAACUUCUGAUGCAAAACCAGUCUUCUACUAAUCACCCUGGAGCCAACAUCUCUUUGGCUAGAUCCUCCCUGAACAAGGAUUUCCGGGAUCACGCCGAGCAGCAGCACAUAGCAGCGCAGCAGAAGGCUGCUUUACAGCACGCUCAUGCACAUUCUUCAGGAUACUUUAUAACACAAGACUCAGCCUUUGGGAAUCUUAUUCUUCCUGUAUUACCACGGCUAGAUCUAGAGUAAGAGAAAAUUCAUGAAACAGAAAACACCUGGAUUCAUCUAAGCUGCUUUUUCAACAUUCAGGCAAUCAUUUGUGAGAAGAAAACUGUUCAAAAUGGUUUUGAUUUUGAAUUCCUGAUAUUUUGUUUUUUUGG